CGAAAAGCCGCGCCUUCCGAUGGAGACAGUCCAUGGUGCCAUCGUCUCCUAGUCCAUACCAUUCCCUACAGGAAGACCCGUCAAUGCCAUCGACAUCUCGCCGCAAGAGAAGCUUCCGGGUGUUCCAAGAGUCAUCAACUCUACUUCGCACCCGAGGGUAUCUCAUACCACUUCCUGUGACGGCGAACCCGUUGCCAGAGCUAUUGGAACCUCGGUCAACGACCCCCACGUUUCUUCCCCGCCCCAGUUCCUUUGCCAAGAUGUUUCAUCGCAAACCCAAGCCCCACCUUUCGCGUCUACCAUCCAUAGAUCCAAACGCAACACUCAGCAACAACAACCGUCCAGACAGCAGCAGCGACAUCGUCCUCCACAUUCUCUCAGAACCACGAGCCCCCGUCGUGCCUGCUGCCCCCACGACAGCUCCAUUGCCAUCACAUUCGGUUACUUGCUCCAUUCCAAUCGACCUCUACUACACAAAUGAGUUCCACACCACAUUGAGCACGUCAGUAACUUUGUCCGGAUGGAAGGUCCUCGACGCCGACCUGUCGCUCUUGUCCUCACUGCAACUAUCAUGUGCCAAUCCCAGUCAGCAUCUGCAGCAUAUCUAUCUCAACGAAUGCUCCGACUUCACUGACGCGGGAUUGACGUCCCUUGGCGGCUUGCCGUCCUUGCGCACCCUGCAUUGCCGAUCUUGUCCGCAGCUGCUCGGCCACGGCCUCUUCGCCUUCACAUCGUCCGCAUCUCUCGCCGAUCUCGACAUUUCAAGCAACCCCUGGGUGCACGACGCUGUGUUUGCCUUUAUUGUUCGGUCGUUUUCCAAACUGCAAUCGCUACGCAUUGCCCAUUGCACUCAAGUGACCAACCAAGGUCUGUACGCCCUUGCCGACCGCCCUCACAGCUCCUUCACCCCACUGCUUCAGCUCGACGUGUCCGGCUGCAUCAAGCUCUCCGACGCGGGCCUCCUCGUGGUUCUCACCCACUGCCUCAAGCUCGAGCACAUCACCAUCGCCCACCUCCCCGCGCUCGAAGGCAUCACAAUGUACGCCGCACUUCCCCAGCAGCGGCUCUCCCCCUGUCUGCUCGCCCACGUCGACCUCAGCCACACCAAAUCGCUUCAUUUCUCUGUCCUCCCAAACAUCGCCAAAGGCUGCGGCCGCCGACUCACCCGACUCAACCUCACCCACACCCACGGAGUCUCGGACGCCGGUCUCAUGGCGUUGGGUAAGCACUGCCCGCACCUCGAGGUACUCACGUUGAACGGCUGCUGUGACAUCACGGACGUCGGCGUCACCCACCUCGUGCAGUACGUGCCCGUACUAAGCGAACACGACGCCGACUUUGAACUCCACCCGACCACCGCCCGAUGCACUCAGCUGCGCGCUCUCGAUCUCACCGGCUGCGUCCUCGUCAGUACCAUCGGCGUGGUGGCGGUGGCGACCCAGUGUCAGCACCUGUCGACUCUCGUCCUGCACGGCGUACCUCACAUCGACAGCAUCGCGCACGUCGAGCUGGCGGCGCGCUGCCGGCUCUUGGCAGACGUUGGGGUCACGGGGAUGCUCGUGUCCGCCGGGGACAGCACCAACUUCUUCGCCGCGCCAAAGCUUCCGCCUGCCAGCUUGCGCGCAUUGCUCGUGGAUUCCACCGCCACAAGCUUCAAUUUCACCAAAAGUGCAUGUGAACCAGACCACGUGGCGGCGGCGUUGCGAGCGGCGACCUCUCGGCAGUUCAAAGAUCUCCAUCUCGGCUCGCUUGUGACAGACGACGUGUGCGCCGCCCUCGUCCUCUGCUUGACCGCUUGCAGUAGCAGCCUUCGCACACUCGACCUCUCCCGCAGCCGCCGCUUCUCCACGUCGUCCCUCCAAAGAGUCCUCCAAGUCACUCCACAGCUCACGUCCCUUGACAUCGAGCACUGCGACCAGCUGACUAACGACCUCUUCGUCACCUUGACCCAAAGCUGUCGACACCUGGAGCAUAUCAACGUGGCCGGCAACGUCUACAUCUCCGACAUCGGCGUGUGCUGCCUCGAGCCGGAAAUCGUCUGCCCUCGACUCAUGUCGUUGACCAUACGAGGCUGUGCCAACGUGACCAAGGCGUGCCUCGCUGCCGUCGCGGCGACUCACCCCCGAAGCCAAGUGGGGGAUGGGGGGUUGGAGCCCAGACCGUUCGAUAUCGGGGGGUUCCUCGCCCGGCGCCGCGCCGUCCAUCAAGCCGCGUGCAAAGUGAUUACGUGGAUGCGGCUGUGUUUGCAGCGGUACCGAGAGCACCAACUCCGGCGUCGACUGCGUUGGACCCGCCUCAACUUUCGCGCGCAAUGCGCUCGACGCAUCCAGCGGCGGGUACGAGCGAUCCGAUCUGCCGCCGCGGAGGCCGCUCAGGUGCGUCAAGCGGCCAUCGACGCCGCCGUCCGACGGGAUGCCGCCGCCCGCGUCCUCGUCCGGUACCUGCGCGUGUUCAUGCUUCGCCUCGUCAUCCGACGCCAAGUGGACGCCAAACGAGCCGCCGACGCAUUCGACGCGGCAGUCCGCAAACGCUUCGUCGAAAAUGCGGCCACCAUCGCCAUCCAGCGCGCCUACCGGUACUACCGAGGGCGGCUCGUGACAAUUCAGUGGCAGGACCGACUGACGGCAUACAAAACCUGUCGCCACCGCCGCGCCUUGCAGGUGCAACAGCUGGUGCGAGGGCAUCGCGGUCGAGUGACAGCUUUGGCCUUGCUGCAAACCGAACAAACCACCCUCUUUGCCUACAUGUUCAACGGCUACGAGACGAUGCUGGCCAGCUUGGCGCUGCAUCGAGUGGCGCGGGGGUUUCUGGGCCGUCGGCGUGCCGGUGCCCGACGGGCGUACGUGUCGGACGUUGCGCGCAUCCGAACGGCCAGCGCCAGUGUGAUCCAACGAGCGUUUCGCGCCUACUUUGCAAGCAUUGCGUUGAGCCGACACUUGUUUUCGAACGCCACGACGAUUCAAGCGCUUGUCCGCGGCCGCAUGGGCCGUAAACAGGCGGCCUCGUACGUCCUCCAGCAGCGCUACGCGUCGGCUGUCGUGCUGUGUCUGUUGGCCACCCACAGCAUUUUCCAAUUGAAGCUCGCCCAGCCAUGGCAAACCAAGCGACAUGCUGGGACACAUGUGGCCAUGAGUAUGCAGCGAUGCUGGCGGGGGUAUCGAGGCCGAGUCAAGGCCAAUGCACAGCGGAGCCAUCACUUGCAUCAAAUGUACAUGGAAGACGUAAGUGCGCGGGUGUUGCAGCGGUUUUUCGCCCACAUUCGCACACGGCGGCGCCUCGCCCGGUUCCGCGCGUACGUGGCCCAUCGCCAUGCGAGUGCGACAAAGAUCCAGGCCACGUUUCGUAUGUGGCUGGGCAAAGUGCGGGCGUAUGCGGUGUAUUUGGGUCGUCAACGGCAGUGGAAGCACCACGUGAUCCGGUCGCUGUACUACCAAGGGCUGGUGUACCCAGCGACCCAUGCGUGGAGCCACUGGCGCCUCGUGCAAGAAGGCGCGAUGCACGUUUUGGUGCAGUUUUACCGCCAGUCGCUGCGGUCGCGGGGGUGGAUGGCUCCGUCGUACAUUCGCCAUCGCCACCAGCGGGCGACGCACAUCCAGGCGUGGAUUCGUGGCCAUUUGACACGAAAGGUCGUCCAACGCUACGCUAUCCAAAUGGACGCGGCCGCUCGAUGCGUCCAGCGGGGGUGGCAUCGCAAAGUGGAAUGGAAAAAAUGGCGCGCGGUGGUCGAAGGCUUGCGGGACAAGAAGCGGCGGCAGGACAGCGAAGACCGGGCGAGCGGAAUCGCCAAGACCCGCAUGAAGCAGUUUGCAAACGACAUGCUCACUCGCCAGGCCACGAGCGCGGUGGUGCUGCAGCGGACGUACCGGACGUGGAAGCAGCGGCACGUGUACAAAAAGGUGCGCGACGGUCGAGUGGCGCAAUGGAAGGCCGAGGGCGGCGCCAAGCUGGACGCGCACAUGGCGGCAUCAUGCAGCCACGCCGUGUUCCGCGCUCAAGUGUGGACCGACACAAUGGCCAAGGCGGUCGCAGUGUCGCAGGACUUGUAUAUUGCCCAAGAUGUGGCGAUUGCAUACGACGAGAUUGUGGCCAUGACAACCGAGCUCAUGCCGCUCGAUUUGGACGAAGAAAUCGAUGCGCUGGAGCAGGAAUUGGCCGACUUGACCCGCGAGUGCCACUCCGAGUACGCCACGUAUGAGGAAUUGGCGGCCGAGGAGGCCGACGUGGACGCGUGGGUCGCGUACUUCGACAGGGUCCGCGUCUCCCCCAAACUCAAGCGCGAGCGGGAGAGCGCGCUGCAGUCGCUGGCGCCGUUCGUCACGCAAGGCAAGCGACUGAUCAUGGAGACAAGUCAACUGGCCAACGAAUGCAGCCGACUCAGCCACGAACUGAUUCGACUCGAUCGAAUGCGCCGCGCAUUUUACGAGGCCGCGACGGACCGAUUGAGCUUCGACCCGCUGCUGUACGAACUCGACAUUGACCGCAUGCUCGACGCGCUCGAGCCGCAGUGGCAGCCCAAUUCUGUGCAUUUGAAGGACAUGGUGCUCUCACAAGUGGACAACCUCUUGAAACCAUCCAACGACAAAAGUUAGAUGCAUCUACUCUAUACCAGCAAGCCACCACCACCGCAACUUGCCCAUCGACACGAGCAGUGGGUGGGUAUGAAUACGACCGUUAGGGCUUUCUGUUGUUUCCACGAACCAACGACGUGCUGCUGGUAAUGUGCUGCUUGGCGCGGCCGAGCUCGACUGCAUUGGCCCGUUCGCCAAACGCCAGCGAGCACUUGGACUCGUGCGCGCACGCCCCCGAUGGAUUCACACACACAACCAGCAGCGUCUUGGCGUGCCCCCCUGACGAUGCAAAAAUAUAUUUAUAUAUAUAAAUAUAUAUUCGUCGUACCGAUGGCGUCUUGGAG